AUGUCAAACGCAACACCUCGACCCUCACUGCCCGAAAACUACACCCUGCACUCCGGCUACCCCCCACUCGACGCCUACCUCCACCUCCGCGCUGCCUCGGGCCUAACACCCAAAACCCGCGCGCAGGGCGCCGCGAUCCCCACGGGGAGCUGGUACGGAUGCUACAUCACCUACACCGACCCGUCUUCCUCCACAGACACACCGCCAUCGACACCCGUCGCAAUGGGCCGCAUAAUCGGCGACGGCGGGUGGUACUUCCACAUAGCAGACAUGGCCGUUCUCCCCGAGCACCAGCGGAAAGGGUUGGGGGAUAUCGUGCUGAAGGAGCUGCUAAGGUAUAUAAGGGAGAAUGCGGCCGAGGGCGAGCCGUACGUGACUCUCCUGGCGGAUCCGCCGGGCCGCAAGCUUUAUGCGAAGAAUGGGUUUGUGGAGAGUGCGCCGGUUAGUACGGGGAUGGUUUUCAAGGGCAAACGGGGGGAUUUGCCGGAAUAG